AUGGCUAACGAUGCUCCGCAAACCCCGGCUGAGCGCCGCUUCCUGCGGCCCAGCCUACGCAGCGCGACUAUGGUGCAGCCCAAAACUGGCGAGCGCAUCAAGAGAUCCUUCACCCUACGAAGAUCCCAACACCGACCGACCGAAUCCUCCGAGUUCCUACUUGCGCCCGGCCAAUACGAUGCUGAGAGACACCGGGAGAUGGGAAGAGUCGAGUUUGCAAAGGUGGUGCUUACGAACAAAUGUCGACAAGGCUACGCGUAUGCGACGAGUCCUAUUGGGAUUGGCAUCAUGAAGUGCUCAUUGGCCUAUGUCCUCGGAUCGUUGGCGACGUUCGUACCAGCAAUCGCAGGAUUACUGGGCAAGAACGAUGGAAAGCACAUAGUCGCGACUAUCACUGUGUAUUUCCACCCAGCUCGCUCGGCCGGCAGCAUGCUGGAGGCUGUCAUCUUGGCUUUCGCUGCCUUUCUGUAUGCCGCCUUCGUAUCCUUCUCUAGCAUGGCCGUGUCCGCAUACUUUGGAAACCAAAAUCUGCUAGUACUUGGGCAUGUGAUAGUGCUCAUUGUAUUCUGUGGGGGAGGCUUAGGGCUUGUUGGAUGGACAAAACAGAAGCUUGGGAAUCCACUGGUCAACGUGGCUUGCUCACUGACAUCGCUAGCUCUCAUCACGAUCCUGACCAAGGAGGGAGCUGUUCAGGCAGCCAAAUUCUCCUACGUCAAAGUCUGGCAGGUUCUGAAGAUGAUAAUCAUGGGCUGUUCCGCCUCAGCACUCGUAUCGCUCCUCGUACAACCAAAGUCGGCGCGCAACGAAUUCCGCGAUACGUUCAUCCAAUCGACAGAUGCUAUGGCAGAAAUGCUCAACAACAUCACCCUUAGCUUCCUUUCCGGUGCUGAAUCAGACCUCAAGAGCGAAUCAUAUGUCGAAGCAUCGAACAAGAGCCAGUCAACGUUCAAAACACUUGUAAAGAACCUGGGAGAAGCCAAGUUUGAGCACUACGCGCUGGGUACUGAGGAAGAGUACAGGAUUCACGCGAAACUGGUUAAAUGUCUAGAAAAGCUCAUGCAGAGCUGUGGUGGGCUGCGAAGCGCUGCCGAAACCCAAUUUACGCUGUUGGCGCAAUCCGAGGCCGCGCCCAGCGCCAGCGGAACGUCGCAGCAAUCCAUACCCGCCAAUGGAACGGUGAACUCGUCGAUAUUCUCGGACCAUACAAUGUCCUUCAGUCCCCCGCAAAUGUCUCCUAGUCUCAGCCAUACAGAGAGGCGAACCAGCAUUCUUGCAUCUAUCGACGAGUUACCGGAAAGUUCCCAAGCAUCUGCAUAUCCCUCAGCAGCUGGAUCCGACGACGAGUCCACUCCGACUAAGAAGAAGUCUGACCAAGUCGCGACCCUUCUGAAGUCAGAUCUUACGCCUGCUGACAUGUUCUCGGUGUUCAUUGCUAGCUUGGGGCCACCAAUGAAAUCUUUAGCAUACACACUACGCGAGGUCCUUUCUGAACUGCCUUUUGGACCUGGGCCCGAGUACAACAUGGCUAUCAACGAGCACUUCCGCCACAGUCUAGUCGAUGCCAAAGCCCUCUUCUCAGAUGCACGUCGGGAAGCCCUCUCAGCUGUCUACAAGAACAAGAUACCAACGAGGACCAGCUCUGCAGCGAUUGCAGCAGACUUCGAGGAGGUUGCCGCAAGCUGUGGAUACUUUAGUUCGUCGCUUCUAGACUUCGCUGAAGACAUGGUGUCGUUCCUUGACAUCCUCGAAGAGCUGAAAGCUAAUGUCAAUCGCUACCCGCGGCAAAGAACCUACAGCUGGCUGAAAUUCUGGCAGCGUGGGCGCAAGAAGGAUAAGGCAGGAGAUACCCCUGAGGAGGCCUAUCUUACUGAUGAGACAGAGGCCCACACACCAGGAGGCUCGCGUGAGAUCCACAACCCCAUCUACCGGAAGUCGACCCGUGGAGACCCUUACAAGCCAGAAAACGAGCAGCCACUUUCAUACCGUAUCUGGACAUCAUUGGCCGUCUUUAGAAGAGACGACCUGAAAUACGCCGUCAAGGUCGGCAUUGGCGCAGUCCUGUACGCCAUGUGGUCCUUCAUCCAGUCGACUCGAGGGUUCUACGGUCACUGGCGUGGCGAGUGGGGCUUGUUGUCAUACAUGUUGGUGUGCUCGAUGACCAUCGGUGCCUCCAAUACUACUGGUUUCCAACGUUUUGCUGGUACAUGUCUCGGAGCUAUACUGGCAAUCGCCGCAUGGAUCGCCGCUGACGAGCAUGCCUUUGUCUUGGGUUUCUUUGGCUGGGUUAUAUCCCUGUUCUGCUUCUACAUCAUCGUUGGAAAGGGGAAGGGGCCUAUGGGUCGCUUCAUUCUACUGACCUACAAUCUCUCUGCACUUUACGCAUACUCGCUCUCGGUCAAGGACGAUGACGACGAUGACGAUGAGGGUGGUAUCUCACCCGAGAUCUGGGAGAUUGUACUCCACCGUGUGGUUGCGGUGAUGGUUGGAUGCAUAUGGGGUAUCAUAGUGACGAGAGUCAUCUGGCCUAUCUCUGCGCGCCGCAAAGUCAAGAAGGGCACGUCUCUACUAUGGCUAAAGAUGGGGUUGAUCUGGAAACGUGGGCCUCUAAAGACCUUACUCGAGGCCAACGAACGCACCAGCAGGACGUACACGUACAUGUCGGAACGCGAAGAGCUGGAACUCCGUCGGUACCUUUCUCAUCUGGACACGCUGCGAGCAUCAGCUGCCGCAGAGUUCGAGCUCAAGGGCCCGUUCCCAGACAAGAGCUUCAAAGUCAUUUUAGGCGCGACCAGCCGUAUCUUGGAUAGUUUCCAUGCUAUGAACGUCGUCAUACUCAAAGAUGUGAAGGCCUCAGAGGGCGAGAAGGAAGUCUUGAGGUAUACCAAGAAAGAGUGGACGGACCUGAGUUGGCGCAUCAGUCAUCUCUUCUCUGUCAUGGCCUCCUCAAUGAAAUUGGCAUACCCGCUCAACGACGUCUUGCCUAAUAUCGAACACACGCGAGAUCGUCUACUAGCAAAGGUCUUUGAGUUCCGACAGAGCGGGCUGGGAAAAGUUAUUGCCAAUGAUGAAGAUUACGAGUUGCUGUACGCGUACGCGUUGGUGACUGGGCAGCUCGCGCAUGAUCUCAACAUCAUUGGACAGGAGAUUGAGAAGCUGUAUGGUGUGUUGAGUGAGGAGGACUUGAAGUUACAGGUCAACCUCCGCACUCAGAAGCGCCUCGCGGCCUCCGUGGUCGGUUGCGGAAAGCGCAAGAUCUGGCUCGACCCCAACGAGACCAGCGAAAUCGCCAACGCCAACUCCCGCCAGACCGUCCGCAAGCUCGUCCAGGAUGGCCUCAUCAUCCGCAAGCCCGUCACCAUGCACUCGCGUGCCCGCGCCCGGGAGCUGACCGCCGCUCGACGAAUUGGCCGACACCGUGGUUUCGGUAAGAGGAAGGGUACCAAGGACGCUCGUAUGCCAAGCCAAAUCGUCUGGAUGCGCCGUCUCCGUGUCCUCCGCCGUCUCCUCGUCAAGUACCGUGCCGCCGGAAAGAUCGACAAGCACCUCUACCACGAGCUCUACCACCUGUCCAAGGGUAACACCUUCAAGCACAAGCGUGCUCUCGUUGAACACAUCCACAAGGCCAAGGCUGAGAAGGCCCGCGAGAGGGCUAUCCAGGAAGAGAUGGAUGCCAAGCGCGCGAAGACCAAGGCGGCGAGGGAGAGGAGGCAGGAGCGUGUCCAGCAGAAGCGUCAAGCUCAGUUUGGCGACGAUGCGGAGUAA